CCCGCUUGCGUCACCGCGACGCGUCUUCAUCUCCCUUUCGUAUUCUGCAUCGACCACCAUCGAGAUUUCGAUCGACAAUGGCGCCCAUAUCUGUGAAUGUUAAACAUGCCAGCAAGAGCUACACGGUCAAUCUCGACCCAGAUCUGCCGGGAAAGGCUUUCAAAGAGGAGGUGUAUCAAGUCACCGGUGUACCGGUGGAUCGUAUGAAGGUCAUGGUCAAAGGCGGGGUAUUGAAGGACGACGCUUCAUGGAGCAAGAUUAGUCCGAAGGAAGGUCAGACCUUCAUGGUAAUCGGGGCUGCUGGUGAGCUGCCGAAGCCACCGGCACAACCCAUCGUGUUCCUCGAAGAUAUGGAUGAUUCAGAAUUGGCUGAAGCACUUGAAAAACCCGUUGGUCUGCGCAACCUUGGUAACACAUGUUACAUGAAUGCGACUUUGCAAACGCUCCGUGCCAUACCAGAACUCAAAACCGCGAUAACAACUUCAGGGCGCGCUGGGACAGGGAAUGAAAUUGCUGCUGCUCCUCCCACUACACUCGCCACAAAUCCUCUAGCUACCUCUCUGGGCUCUCUUUUCACGAGGAUGUCACAAACUGCAGAUCCUGUAGUCCCUACAGAUUUCUUGGGUGUGAACCCUCAAUUCGCUGAACAGGACAGACAUGCAUCUCGUUCACAUACUUCCAUGAUGGGUGCUAUGUACGCCCAACAAGAUGCGGAUGAAUGUCUGACAACGAUUGUGUCGUCGCUGGUCACCGUGCCUGGAGUGCCGUCCUCGAACCACAAGAAAUUCAUUGAGCAGUUCAUGACGGGAGAAAUGGUUCGAACCUUGAAAUGUGUGGAUCCCGGAGCUGUCGACGAGCCACCUACGCAAAGCUCUGAGAAGGUUCUCAAGAUCACAUGUAACAUCGAUGCGACUGUGAACUAUAUGUCAUCAGGAAUCCAAAAGUCCCUGUCCCAGACUGUCGUCAAGUUCUCGCCCACUCUUGGCCGUGACGCAGACUACAACCAGGAGUCCCGGAUCAAUCGACUUCCCUCCUACCUGUUUGUUCACAUGGCUCGAUUCGCGUGGAAGGCUGACAUCGGGAAAAAAGCCAAGAUAAUGAGGAAAGUCAAGUUUCCCACGGAAUACGAUGGAUUGGACCUGGCAUCCGACGAUCUUAAGGCUAAGCUUCUUCCAGUGAGCCGAAAGCUCAAGGACAUUGAGAAAGAAAGAGCGGAACGCCGCAAAGUCAGAAGGAGAACUAAAGCCGCGAAGGUCUCCGCUCCCGCGGCUUCUGCUCCGGGCGCUGGCGAUGUUGAGAUGGCCGACGCUGCUCCUGCUUCUGGCUCGUCGACCACAAUGGAAGUUGAUGCCCCAGCUCCAGUCCAAGGAGGAGACCUAGAGGAAGAAAGCGUGUAUCGUGACAAGGAGUUGGCUGAGCUGCAGAGUCUGGUGGACCCCACCAUUAAAGCUGACACGGGCGCGAGUGUCAGCGGCCUUUACGAUCUUGUUGCUAUCAUCACUCACAAGGGUGCGGCGGCCGAUGCUGGCCACUACAUUGGGUUUGUCAAGAAAAGCGUGUUCCAUCCUCCCAAACUGGGCGAGGAACAAGAGUCGGAUGAGGACUGGUACAAGUUCGAUGACGACCAGGUCUCGAUAUUCCCUCAGGAGAAGCUAACAUCGCUGGAUGGCGGAGGUCAGGAUUCCUCCGCAUAUCUGCUGUUAUACAAAGAGAAGCCUUUAGCGUAAAAGUCGUCUUUUAGUAACUUUACGGCGAAAGGCAUUGGAAAGAUCAAGAUUCAAUUCUGCAUUUUAGUUACAAAACGAGCCACUAGCAAGGAACAUCCGUGAUCUGUGUGACAAACGCUCUACCACGUGUUGGCUCAUACUCAGUUAUCAUGAUCGUAGGCGGCCGCAGGCUCUUCUUUCUUGCGUUCUUCGUCCCGAGGAGGAAGCGGAGACCGGACACGAUCAUCCCUCUCGUCCCGUCGGUCAUCCCGCCGGUCGUCGCGUUUGCGCUCCGGCGAGGCACUCCGCCGCCGCUCGGGCGACCGGCUGCGACGGCGUUCAGGCGACCGGCUGCGACGACGAUCACGGUCGCGGUCUGGCGAACGGCUGCGUCGGCGUCGGUCCCGGUCACGGUCGCGGUCCCUGUCACGGUCGUCCAUCCUGUCUCUGUCCCGAUCCCGAUCCCGGUCACGGUCGCGGUCGCGGUCGUCCAUUCGGUCUCUGUCGCGGUCGUCCCGGCGCCGAGGGCUGCGAGAACGGGGACGGUCACGAGAAGAGCGUGGGGGACGGUCAUAGCGCCAAACUGAGGAGGGAGGACUUUUG